UGGAUGGCGUGGGACAGGUGUAACCAGGACUCGGUGUGGAGAGAAUUAGAGUGUGCUGCCUUGGUUGGUGAAGACCAGCCCCUCUGCCCAGACCUCCCUGAACUUGACCUCUCAGAGCUGGAUGUCAGUGACUUAGAUGCAGACAGCUUCCUGGGUGGCCUCAAAUGGUACAGUGACCAAUCAGAGAUCAUUUCCACUCAGUAUGGCAAUGAGGCAUCCAAUCUUUUUGAGAAGAUAGAUGAAGAAAAUGAGGCCAACUUGCUGGCAGUGCUUACAGAGACCCUGGACAGCAUCCCGGUGGAUGAGGACGGAUUGCCUUCGUUUGAGGCCCUGGCAGAUGGGGACGUGACCAAUGCCAGUGACCGGAGCUGUCCCUCCUCCCCCGACGGCUCGCCGCGCACCCCAGAGCCUGAGGAGCCUUCCCUGCUGAAGAAGCUCCUUCUGGCACCCGCAAACUCCCAGCUCAGCUAUAAUCAAUACACAGGUGGCAAGGCACAGAACCAUGCAGCCAGCAGCAACCACCGGAUCAGACCACCACCUGCCGUCGUCAAGACGGAGAGCCCCUGGAAUGGCAAAGCAAGAGGGGGCUCCAGCCAACAGAACCGCCCGGUGAGGCGGCCUUGCACUGAGCUGCUGAAAUACCUAACGGCCACCGAUGACAUCCUGCUCCACACCAAAGCCAGUGAAGCCAAGAGCACGUGGGGUGGCGCCAGUGGCAGGGACAAGAGUGGCCUGGGUCUUGGCGCCUCUUCCUCCUCCUCGUCGCCAUCCUCGUCAUCCACCUCCUCGUUCUCCUCCCUCUCCUCCACCUCCUCUUCAUCUUCCUCCACCACCUCCAAGAAGAAGUCAGCUGUGCCAUCUCAACAACAACAGCAGCAGCAGCAGCAGCAGCUGCAGCAGCAUCACCAGCGAGGUGAGAGCCGGGCUGCAGGCGAGUGUAGUGUGGCUGGUGUUGGGGCUGGGAAGUGGCAGCGUUGCACUCACGAUGGCGGUGUUGAGGAGUCGGAGGGUGCUUCUAUCCCUGUCGGCCACAGAACCUCCACCUGCGGCCAUGCCCGCCCCAAACUGGAGCACGGGCCGCCCAGUGAAGAAGGAAGGCCGCCAGGCAAUGUGGGCCGCCUGGCCGCCGCUAGGUUUAUUAGGUAUAUGCAUUCUUAUUCCCUCCCUCCCAGAGAGGUGAGUCACAGCUGUGAGCAUUGCCGAGAGGCUGCGGGCGCCACUCAGGCUAGUGAGGGCUUUGGCAGGCAAGGCCGUAGUAGCAGUAGUGGUGCCAGCCGUGCACCACAUAGGCACAUCACAGUGACUAUUAGGAAAAGAGAUGAGAAGCCGGGGCACCCCUUACUUAGCCAGCUGCUCACCUCCAAACAGAGGCCUGCUCAGUAUCGGGCCCACCUUCUCCCACCUAAGAUCACCCCUUUACCCAGCACUCAGGGCAAAUUAGCAGGUAAGAGGUCUGAGAGUCCAGCCCAGGCUGUUUCAAAGGUGGAGGAGGAAGAGUUCAGAGGGACCACUGAUUUUAGAAACCGGGGAGUAAGUCAGGCUGAAGAGCCUGAGUCAGAGCCCCUGUUGUCACCUCUUGCCUUAGACCUAGAGAGCUGGGUCAGCCAGGCAGAUCCAGUGCUAGACAUGGGCUUUGGACUAGAGCUGGGGUGGCCAAUCCAGGGGGGCUAUGGGGAGGAUGUUGACCAUGAUGAUGAUGAUGAUGGUGUUGAUGAUGAUGAUGAUGACCAUGUCACGGGCAGCCCCGCAGCGGUGCUCUCACAGGGCCCACCAAGCCCGCUCUUCCCAGAUACUAGAAUUGCAGAGCCCACCCCUCCCUGCAUCAUACAAGGGCAAGGGCACCCACACAGGCAGGCACUCAGCGAGCACCCCGACGACCAGGGCCUCCCGUUGUUAGCCAAACCAACCACCUUGCCACUUCCUUUGACCCCAGAGUCUCCAAAUGACCACAAGGGAUCACCGUUUGAGAACAAAACCAUUGAACGCACAUUAAGUGUGGAGAUUGCUGGAACCCCAGGUCUGACACCACCUACCACGCCCCCACACAAAGCCAGUCAAGAGAAUCCUUUCAAAGCAUCGCUCAAAACCAAGUUGUCUUCAUGUUCCUCCUCAGCUUUGGCAUGCAAAAGAGCCAGGUUGAGCGAGUUGGGCCCCGGCGCUCUGGCCCCGGCCCCAGGUGCCUCAGGCGGGGGCCCCAACAGGAAGGGUCCCGAACAGACUGAGCUUUAUGCCCAGCUGAGCAAAGCGUCCACCGCCCUCCCUUACUCCGCCACCCAACACACAGUGGUGGGCGGCCUUGAGGAGCAUCGCAGCACUAGCAACAAUAAGCGGGCGGCGCCCCGUGGCUACAGUGACCAUGACUAUUGCCAAGCGUCAGCUAGCACUAAGAAGGACGGCGGCACAGCCACUGUUACCAUGACUACAGCAGCGGAAAUGACAGUCACCUCAGGUGCCACUGCUGCUCCCAUGCCUACUGCAGGCACAGUGGAGGACAGGCAUGUCGAAUGUAAGGACUCAGCCAUGCCACCAUCCUCUUCAUCAUCUUCAUCUUCUUGCUCUCCAUCAUCAGCUUCAUCUGGUCCGUUGGCUAAGCAGCAGAAUUUUGCCUCUGUGGAUGGAGAAGCAGUCCGGGUCCAGGGGUUAGGGAAGCAGACCCUUACACAAACCACCCAGAUCCCCUCACAAGAGGCCACUACUGACAGGGACCAACAACACCCUUCUGCCACCAGCCGGAAGCUCCUGUGCGACCAAGAAAUUAGAGCAGAACUCAACAAGCACUUUGGCCACCCUUUACAAGCCCUCUACAGUCAGGGUGGUCAGGAAAGAGAACCAGGCAGCAAACCGAACAAGUCUGCAGCCCCUCAGUCCCUCAAGGAGGGAGAGGACGAGUACUUAUCCCAGAAGCUGCCUGGCUCCAAUUACCUGCAUCCAGGCUUCCUGCCCUUCCACGAUGAACUAGAGCUGGGUGAGGGCCGUGAGAGUCGCUUCCUCUAUCCAUGGGAGGGCACCCCUCUGGACCUACUCUUUGACUGCCCCCCCUGCUCUCCCUCCUGUUCCCCACCAUCCAGCUGCUCCCCUUCGCGAGGCUCCGUCUCCCCACCUUCCUCCCUCCUCCUCUCGCCAGGCAGGCCUUUCUGCUGGACCAGCGGCGGGUCCCGCUCCCGUUCUCGUUCCCACUCCGGCUCCCGCAGCUCCUCCUCACACUACCGAAGGCGCUCUCUCUCCAGCUCACCUGACAGACGCCCCUCUUCCUGGUCUCGUCACAACACAGAUUCAAGCACUUUUCGCUCCAGGACUUACAAGAGCCCCCACCCUCAGUCUCGAUCUCCUCUCAGCCGCAGGCCAAGGUAUGACAGCUAUGAGGAGUACCAGCACGAGAGGCUGAAGAGGGAGGAGUACCGCCGGGACUACGAGAAGCGGGAGUUCGAAAGAGCCGAGCAGAGAGAGAGGCAGAGGCAGAAAGCAAUAGAGGAGAGACGGGUGGUGUACGUGGGGCGACUGAGGUCCAACUGCACCCGGACGGAGCUGAAGCGCCGCUUUGAAGUCUUUGGCGAAAUUGAAGAAUGUGCAGUGAACUUGAGGGACGAUGGGGACAAUUUUGGCUUCAUCACGUACCGCUACACUUGUGACGCCUUUGCCGCCCUUGAGAACGGACACACCUUACGCAGGUCAAACGAGCCUCAGUUCGAGCUGUGCUUUGGCGGACAAAAGCAGUUCUGCAAAUCACAUUACACAGACUUGGAUUCCCAUUCGGACGACUUUGAUCCAGCCUCCACAAAAAGCAAGUAUGACUCCAUGGAUUUUGACAGCUUGCUGAGGGAGGCCCAGCGCAGCCUGAGAAGGUAACCAGUUCAGUGGCACCUGCUGUCUGUCACCAAGAGGGACUUCUUAUACCUCACUGUUGUUUCUCGCUCCUUUGACGACGAGACUACCAGAAGUUUUACACUCUAUGUCGUAGAGUAUAUAAGAAUAAGUCUAUAGACCUAUAUCAAUAUAAAUGAAUAUAUCAAAAAUAAAGUUUACAUGAACAUAGCUGCUGAAGAGCUGGGAAGAGACAUUGCAUUCUGGGAAAGCCAGUGAACCCUCAGAACCUGGUGCACAGGUUUGGUGCACUCUACUGCUGUACAACCAUCAGUGAAAGAAGAAAAAAAAAAAAAAAAACUUUAAAUGAUUUUUUUUUUUCUCUCCAAGCACUACAAUGCCCACAAUUCUUUGGGGGUGAAAACAUGCAGCUUGUUCAGCCAGAUUUGUUUUUGUUUUGCAGUUGAUUUUUUUCUUCUUUCUUUUUGAAUCUGGUGUUUGGAUCUGGUGUUACAUGACAAACAAGAGUUUAGGGAAUUGUAUCUUGGAGGUAAAAUUCUCAAGGUAACAUUGUUGUCUACAUUUUAAGGAGAAAUGUAGCCGUGUAUUUACAAAUACUAUAAAAAGGAAUAUUUUUAUUUUAUGUACAUAUCGGAUAAAGUUCUUUAUUUGUUACAGCUAUGCACUGUAAAACGCAGCCUUUUUUAAAAAUGAGGAGAAAAUUUCUUAAUCCAGAAUGUCGAUCUGUAGUUAUUACAAUACUGUAAAACAUAUUGUACACCUACAUGAUGUUUAGAAGACAUGAUAUGAUUGUAAAAAAGAAAAAAAGAUGUGUCCGACUGCUCAUUUUGAGGGAGCAUGUGAACAAACGUCCUUUUUUAAGUUAUUUUGUUGGGGAAAAACAGUCAACCAUGUAUAGUUUUCUCUGUUUAUAAAGUUUCUCAAUCAGUGUUUUUUGCUUAUAACAACCAGUGUAAAAUGCAUUUUUAACGUGUUUUUCAUGAUUGUAAAAAAAAAAAAAAAAGGUACCCCAUUUUUUAUUAAUUAUUUCUGAAGCAAUCAGUAUAUAUAUAGAUAUAUAACUCGGUUUGAUUUCAUUGCUUUGUAUGGUUCUCCUUUUGAUUACCUUCAGUGAGAGAGAAAACUGCAUUCAAAUCUUUUCAAUCAGUACAAACACAUAUUUAUCUAUUUAUUUUAAUAUUAGAAUCAAAAAUAUUUAUGGGCUCCAUUUCACAUGGCGUACCUCAUGAAAUUUAUUUGCUUAUUUAUGUUGUCCUUCGAUUUGUGUUAUUUAACUUGUAAUCACUAGACAGGGUGUACAAUAAAUGGUUUGAUGGGGAUAAUAUUACCUUCUAUGCCUUUCCGAAACAAUCAGAACAUUCAGCUAAUCACUCCAGCAGCCAACCCCCUCAUCAUUUCAAUGAUUUCCGUCUCCGCUCUCAGUCAGAUCUGCGGCUCGUCGCUGGUUUUUCCUUUCCACACAGAAGCAGAACAUGAAGCAAUAAAAUGAUUUUGCAGGAAUUGUGUUGUACCACCACAAACACUUGUUGUCAUCGCUCCACUCACGCUUGAUUAUGUGAAUGCCAAACAAAAGUUUACAAUUUCCUUUUCCUGAAUUUUUUAAAGAUCUUGUAUUUGAUGUACAAAAUAUAUAUAUACAAUGAUGCUACUAAUAUUAUUCACAAUAAUUACAAGAUAAUUAAUAAUAAUAACAAUGAUAAUAAUAUAAAUGAAAGAAAAAACUAUAUAAAAAGCAAUAAAUUAUUUUUCAGAGUUGUAUUUUAGCUCCUACUGUUGUGUGAUUUUUGGACUUGACCCAUUACCCAGUCGCUGGUAGUUAGGACUCCAUUCCUGUAUCUUGGCAUUUCAUCACCGUGACAUCACCCUGUGCGGUAAACACUUGAAUGUCCCCACUCCCACCUCCUGCUCUUCCCUUUAAAGAUGUAAUUGAGUCUAUGUGAUUGUAAUGCACGCAUUACCUUGUGACAUCUGUGCAAACGUGACUGACUCUUAAACUCCACCCCGUGUGUAAAAAUGUGUCGAGUUGAACCUGUUUGUUGUGUAGUGCAUGGCUAUUACAGGAUGACAGUCGGUACAGUAUAUACCACUUUGGAUAUCUGCCUCACAGCUGUCUUUACUGGCAGAUUUUUAAAUGACAUUCUAUCAGCCUAGAGAAAACUACUCAACAAUGUAUCGCAUGCCGCCCCAUCCACCACCACCCACC